UAUACAUAUAUUUGUAUGUACGCAAGUAUUGAAUUUAGUCUUGGCUAAGUUUUCCUUCGAAAUUCCUGGAAGAAGGAAAGAUGUACAAGAUGAUUAAUAUUUUCGUUCAGUGCUAUAUGAUAAUCAAAUAAUAAUUGUUAACCCGAAAUAUGGGAAAAUUAGGAAAAAAUAUUGCGUUAUUAAAUCGCAAUAGUAAACAAAAAAUCAACGAUGCGAAAAAGCAAGAAAUAAAGCCUAAAAGAAGGAAACGCAAAAAGGAUCUUGAAAAAUUGCAUCGAAAUGCUUUGGGUGCUUCGAAGGAUUCGUUAAUCAAGAUUUACAGAAACGGGGCAAAAGGCAAAGAAGUAAGAAAAGGUAAAUUACAACCGAAUAAAUUUUACAAAGCUCGAUUACAAGGAGAAGUUGCGAAAUUUUUAGAUCAAGACAGCUCAGAAAAGUCCGAAGAUGUACUCGAACUUUUACCUAAUACAGUACGAGUCGAUUGCACUAAAAAAGAUAAACUUUUCGAAAAUAUUAUCUCCUCGGACGAGGAUAUACAAUGCCAAAAAAAAAUUUCAAAGAAACACUUGAUAAAUUCGAAAAAAUUUACUUGGUCCGCAAUGUUUCGAUAUGAAGAAUUCUGUGCUAUGAUUUGUUCGGAAAACUUUGACGAUCAUGACACGAUUAUUCUCCCUAAUUUGCCAGAUCCAAUUCUAAAAGUUAAAGAAAAUCUUAAACGCAUACACAUGAACGCUAUGUGUCAACAUUUUUCACGACCAGACGUAAAGAUUACUGAUUACAUAGAUGAUAAACAAAAAGAUAAUUCAUCUAAAUCACCGAUCAUUGGAAACGAUAUUAAAAAUGAAACGAAUAAACAAUCAAAAUCUUAUGUAUCUUCCGAUCAUUCGGAAUCAUUAACAGCAGACGCCGUUGAGGAUUCACAUUUAGAAAUUUCACCUAAAUUCCAUUGCGAGAUCGAUGAUAAAAUUAAAUCAAAUAAUUUUCUAUUUUCUAUACCAAAGAAUUAUAAUAAGAUUAAAGUCGUGUCAAAGAAAAGAAACUUUGAUAAUAAUCCACCUAAUUUCCAAUUGCCAUUGAAACUGUUUGAUCGACCUAUCUCGACGAUUACUUCUUCGACGGAUGAUGAAAAUAAUUGUGAAAGAUGUGUAAAACAUAAUAUGAAAUCUGGAAUACCAGACGAUAAAAUUUUAAUUAAAAAUAAUCGAAAAUAUAUACCGCAAGACGUUAAAAGAAAUCAAAUUGAUAAUAAAAAAUCAUCGAAAAUUGAUUUUUUGCAAGAUGAUGAUCAUCAUAUGAAUACAUACAAAUUUAUCAACAAUUUGGAAAAGGAUUCUAAAAAAAAACAUAAGAUUCGUGAAUCGUAUAAGGACAAAAGCAAAGAUGAUGAUGAUUUGUGUAAGAAUUUAAAUGCUCGUGCUAUGAUAUGGAAAUCUACGAAAAAUUUCAAACACGUACCAACAAUUCUUCGAAGAUCCAUUUGCGAUCCUACAAAUAUAAGCAAUCUCACUUAUAUUUUGAAUAAUAAUAAACAGGACGGUGUUAAAUAUUUUCAAGAAUCAUCGAAUCAAAAAGUAGACUUCAAUUUCAAUAUUUCUUCGUCUGUAUCAUCGAACGAGAAUAAUUCGAUAAUAAAAACGCAAUACUUUAAUGAUAAAUAUUUUACAAAUAAACAUCGUGCGAUGCCAUUAGAAGAAGAAUCCCCCACUAUGCAUAGAACGUUAGAUUUUUGUGUACCCGUUGAAAAGAAGAUGCAAAAGAAGAAAACUAAAUCGAAUAUAAAUAAAGAAACGAAGAAAUCUAUGCAAUUUCAUGAACCACAAAAAUCCGUAACAUUUUCUAAAAAAAUAUUAUUCAAUGCUGAUCCUUCGACGCAAUCACAUUAUUCUGUAAAUCACAAUCAAAUUCAACCGAUUAAAAAUGUUCGACAAACGAAGGAUAAAGUGCAUCUUAAAAAUUGCCAAAUUUUGAGACAGGAAAUACGAAAUGAUAAUCAACCUUUUUUACUGAGAUCAACUAAAUCUGAUCUUAUUUAUCAACCGGAAGUAAAAUUUAUAAAUCCAUCGCAGUGCGAUGCCUACACUACAACUACGACAGAAAAUUGUCAAGAUAACAAUGAUAAUAAGCCCGUUUAUUUUCAAAUUAUAAAUCAAUCGAUCAAACCGUCCAACGAACAAAAACUAUCAAAUCAAGGAUUAGCAUCAACUAACAAUAAAUCAAAUAAUUUGAGGACAUAUGGGCAAACGUUAUCUCAAUCUAUAAUACAACAACAACAACCAGCCGUUCCUAUUACUUCGCAAAAUAUUCAAUUUAUGUUCCGAAAAAACGAUCCGCACGUUUAUGCAUUUAGCGAAUUACAAAAUCUUCAAUUAUUAACAUUGAAUGACAAUCAAAAUGUUUAUGUCAAUGCCUUAAAUUCGGUACAGGAACAAAAACGUACUAAUGAGUGCGCAAUACUUCCAAACAUUGAUCAACCUACGAAAUACUUUGCCAUUGAAAAAGAUCUGAACGCCCAGAGAAUUCCCAUUUAUUUUCAUAAUAACGAUCAAACUAUUGGCCAGCAAUACAUGCCUUGUCAAAUGAUCACAACCCUAGAGAAACAAAAUAAUAAUAAGGUUUUCUUUCGCGAUCCUACCUCGAAAGUUAUAUUUCUGCAAGGGAAUCAUUUGAAUGAUAGAAAUCAUCAAUUUGUUGAAUAAUACAAUUAAUUUCUUAUCGAAGAUAAAAAUAUAUAAUUAUUUAAAGACAUGUAGUGCUGUAUAUAUAUUGAUAUAUUGUCCAAUCUCGAUAAAUAUUAUCGUUUUGUUUGAAAGAAAGAAAUCUUUAACCCUUUCGUUACUAACAACCCAUAUACUGGUUGUCCAUGCAAAAGUCUCGUAUGAACGAUCGACCGACCCAUAUAGAAGUUGUAUACCAUGCGACGAUACGCAUGUACUAGCAAAUUUCUAUGGGAUGAUACUUGCACUAAAGCACGCCGUGACGAAAGGGUUAACAUAUGAAAAAUUUGAUUUAUAUUAUAAAAUGAUUAAUUGAUUUAACAAAAAUAAAAAAUAAGAAAAAGAAU